GGGACUGGCGAUGGCGUCCGGGUUUGAGAGCGAGCGGAGCUUGGCGGAGCGUAAGGAGCAGCGGCAGGCGCUGCUGGCGCAGGCCAAAAUUAGUUAUGAAAAGGAGCAGAGGCACAAGCUGCUAAAGCAUCUACGAGGUGAAAAUACAUGGAUGCUUGCUGAUGUGAAUGAACGUGUGGAACAACUCGAAAAGGAACAUUCUGUGCAGAAAAAAAAGAAAAAGGAUAAGCAUUCAAAAAAAGCGAAGAAAGAAAAGAAGAAAAAUAAGAAACAAAAAUCUGAAAAGAAGGUUGACUUACUUGAUAGUUCUUCGGAUUCCUCAGUUGAAUGGGUUGAGUCAAAUGUGUCACAGUCAGAUAACACAGAAAAGGCUUGGAAGGUCAACAAGCAAUCACAUGCUGAGAAAGAUCCCUCCCUGCAGAGAGAAGAAUGGAUGAAUUUAGACUUUAUGUCAUUGAAAACCACGUCAGCAGCAGCUGUCAGAGGUGAAAGACACAAAGAAAAAAUAUUGGAACGACAGAAAGCUCAAGAACUUGAGCAAGCCAUGCUGUCUGAGAGAGAACUCAAUCCCUAUUGGAAAGAUGGUGGUACAGGUUUGCCACCAGAGAAGGAUGAAGCAGCUUCAGUUAAGAAAGUUACAGUGGUAGAAGAUGCUGGAUUAAGUUGGCUACAAAAAUCAUAUCAAAGAAUGAAGGAGCAGGCUGAGAGAGAGAAACGAAAUUUUGAGGAAAUUGUAGCUGAGAGAUAUGGGUCAGUGGAGGUAUUUCAGUCACGAUUAGAAGAAGCUGAAAAAGUUGCAUCCAGAAAGGAAAAUUAUUAUCGAAGUGGAAGAUGGAAGAAAACUGACUAUUCAGAAAGUGAGAAAGAAAAGAAAGAGCAGCAUAUGAAAAAGGAGACACGAGAUGAAGAUGAUAGAAACAGGAAUGUGUUUGGGGGUUAUACUAGGGAGAAGUAUGGCAAGGGAUGGGCGCAAGAAGACAAAGAUUACAAAAGAGGUAUGUCAGGAGAAGACCAAGAAUGUGGACACAGUAGCACAGACUCAGUAUUCAGAGGCUACAGCUCCAAAGCAGAAAAACACUCUGAUGAAAAACGAAGUCAGGAAAAGAGUUCGUCUCUAAGCAACAUGAAACAAAAAUUUCUGAAACCCUCUGAAGAUGAUUUAUCGUCUUACAGUGCACCUAGAGACUAUAGGUCACAGCAGUCCUCUUCCAAACUGCCAGUUCAUAGGUCUUUGAGCAGCCAUUUCCAAAAACCUAGUGAGGAUACUGCACUGUGGACCAAAACAUGCAAAGAAGAUGACAAUGAGAAAUUAAUGUCUGAUCAAAAAUCAUCAGGUACUAGGGAACAAAUUGAUGACAAUAGUUGGGAAAUAACUCCAAGUGAUGAAAAACAGAAGUUGCAACAGGAGUACCCAAGUGAUAUCGCUGAGAAGAAACAAACGUUAUCUGACAGUAAAACAUCAUGUUCUAGAUACACAUCAAAGGAUGAGCCGCCUCGGGUCCUUAGUGAAGAGGAGAUGAACAGACUGGGAGCAAGGAUUGUGAAAGCAGAACUCAUGGGAGACAUGGAGUUAGCUUCAAAACUUCAAGCAGAACUUGAGAACGCUCGCAAAUUGAGAGAGACUCAAGGGCAGAUUCCAGCAAAGUCUGGCAGAGAGGCUUCAAGCCAUCAAGAAGAUGAACAAGUGGUCCUUGUCAGAACAGAUCAAAGUGGAAGGGCAUGGCCUGUGACCACACCAGCUGAACCACAGGAGCCAAAAGGAGGACGGAGAAAGCGACAGAUGUUCCCUACUCAUAUAGAUAAAGAAAGAAUAAGGUAUUUUCAGGAUGAUGAUAGUAUGAACCUGAAGGAUUUGGUCAAAAAUGAGAAGAUGAGAACAGCAGAGGAUCAAAACUCACUGUUCAUGCGUAUGGUGUCAAAGCUCAUGGAAAAAACUGACCGAGAGUACUACACUCUGGAUGACAUGUUUGUUUCCAAAGCAGCCAAAAGAGCACGCAGUGGGGAAGAGGAAGAAAUACAAAGAAGAAAAGCAAUACAUGAGCACCAGCAGCUUGCUGCACGCAUGGAAAAGUGCCCAUACUGCUUUGAUAGCAGUGAACUUCCUAAACAUCUUAUUAUUGCAAUUGGCACCAAGGUAUACUUGUCUCUACCAAGCAACCAGUCCCUUACUGAAGGUCACUGCCUGAUAGCUCCUCUACAGCACCAUACUGCAGCCACUCUUUUGGAUGAAGACAUCUGGGAAGAAAUACAGAUGUUCCGAAAUGCGUUGGUGAAAAUGUUUGAAGCUAAAGACUUGGACUGUGUGUUCCUAGAAAUGAACAUGAGUAUGAAGAAACGGUAUCACAUGGUAUAUGAAUGCAUUCCUCUUCCAAAAGAAGUAGGAGAUAUGGCUCCAAUCUACUUUAAGAAAGCUAUAAUGGAGUCUGAUGAAGAGUGGUCCGUGAACAAGAAGUUAAUUGAUCUUUCUUCAAAAGAUGUUCGGAAAUCUGUUCCUAAAGGGUUACCAUACUUUUCUGUGGACUUUGGCCUUCAAGGAGGAUUUGCUCAUGUCAUUGAAGAUCAACACAAGUUCCCUCAUUACUUUGGAAAGGAAAUUAUUGGUGGCAUGCUGGACUUGGAACCGCAGCUCUGGAGAAAAGGAAUCAGACAGAACUUUGAGGAUCAGAGGAAGAAGGUGUUGCAGUUUGCACAGUGGUGGAAACCAUAUGACUUUACCAAAAAGAAAGAAUGAGCACAUCCCUGCCCUAUAUAAGCCAUAAAUUAUAUUAAAGGAUAUUUCCUAUACUAAGAAUAACACCAGUGGGUUAUGUAUUGCUAAUAUAUUUUAAAACCAAGGAUACUGUUUAAUUGCUGAUUACCUGUUGUUAGUUUAGACACAAGCCUGACAAACCAGAAGUGUACAGUGGUUUUAGUUUUUAACUUUUUAGCUGAGCCAAAAGAAUAAUAUCCAUGUGGCCAUUGGAGUUCUUCAAAAUGUAGCUUCUGCUUUUAGAUUUUUUAUAAUCUUUGAGGCAACUUGAUUUUUUAAUAUUGUAUUUAGCAUAGAGCCAGUGCUUAAUUAUCAUGGUGACUUUUUGUAGAAAAUGGUGUACAUUUUAAGAACAUUUUGAUUAAUACAAAUACAUUGU